UCUCAAGACCCCGCCUCUUUGGAAACGUCACGGACCCUUCGCACGCCUCGCGUCAAAUCAAGUUCUGAGGGGCUCGAGACACAGUGACCGCGUGCGCUCGGGUUUGACUGUUAAAAUAACGACAGUCUGUGAACGUCAAAUGGUCAAACGCCUCACAUGUAACAUAUGUACAUAUCGGAUUUAUAUUAUUAACAGCCACGUAAACGGGGUUUAAGACGUCAAGAUCGCUGUGUAUCAAAAAGAUCAACAUAUCAGAAGUCCCGCAUUGGAAUAUGAGCAGCCGAGCUUUCUGAAGCAUCAGUCUGUAAGCAUCUGGGGCGAUGAGCUGGGCCGGAGACGACUGGACCGUGGGUCUGACGGGUCACGUCCUACAGAAGGUUCAGCAGCUUCAGGCUCAGAAUGAGAAGCUGGGCAAGGAAAAACAGCAGAGGCAACUGCAGCUGGACAGCUCUGAAGCAGCUCUGCACAAACAGAAGCAGAAGUAUGAGGAGGUGCGUGUGGAGCUGGCCACAGUUCAGAGGGAGCUGGGAGGAGUGCGUGAAGUGGUGCAGGUGGAGGCGCGGGCCAGAGAGCGUCUGUCUCAUGACCUGCAGGUCAAAACAGGUCAGGUGCACUCGCUGGAGGGACAACUCGAGUCUUCCAGAAAGCUGACACAAAACCUCACACAGGAGAUCAAACGGCUUGAGGCGGAGCUGGAAAAGCAGCAGAAGGGAAAUGGCUCUGGGGAAUCCAUGUUGUUUUCCACACCUUGUUGGAACAUGAGCUCUCCCUGGGACAACAACGGUGGUUUCAGAGCGGAGAGUGAAAGCAAAACACAGCAUGCCAGACAGCAGCUGCAGUUUGGAGACGUCCCCAAGCCCUCAGUGGGCGGGGCUUCCUCCCCGUUUCCACAGCAACCUCAUAAAUCCCCACCCCUUCGGCGACACAUCCGCCAAUCGGAACCGUCCACCCCCUCCUCUGUGUUUCCAUGGGAACGUGAGGAUUUGUGGUCCACUCCCAAAGGACGACCAGCUUCCUCGGUUUCAUCCGGUGAUGUCAUAAUCAAGAACAGUGACUCAGGGAUGGAGGAAGCCUUGAGGAAUGAGAUAUAUGAGCUGCGUGUGCAUGUGUCAGAUCUACAGCGUGAGGCACAGCUGGAGUCUGAGCGCUUGAGGGAUGUGGAGUCUCACCUGGCUCAGGCUAACAGAGAGAUCAGCACCAAAGAACAGAGCCUGACACGCACACAAGACCAGCUGACCUGUGCACAGACCCGCAUCACACAAGAGACUGACCGGGCCCAAGCUUCUGAGCAGAAAGUCAAGCACCUUCAGGAGGAGCUGAAGUGUCAAAGGCAGAAUGCUGAAACCAGCCGCUGUAACGCAGAGCAGCGCAGGAAAGACAUGGAGAGAGAACAUCAGAGGGAGCUGUUGGAGCUGCAGAGAGAGAGACAGGCUCUGGAGAGACAACACCAGCAGGAGAGCAACAGACUCAACCAGGAGAUCCAGCAGGCCAGAACACUUCACAACACACUGCAGGCUCAGCAUGACAAGGUGUGUUUGCAGAAGCAGAGUUUGGAGAGAGAUCUAGAGGAUGUGAAAGGAAAACUGAAGAACACAGAGUCUGACCUAAAAGAGAGUCAGAAGAGAGAGACACAGACGGAGGCCAAACUCACGGAGGCUCUGAGGGAUUGUGAGAGUCUCACUGUAUCUCUGGGGCAGACGAAGAAACAGGAGAAAGCUCUACAGGAAGAAGUGAAGCGGUUGACUGAAGAGCUUGCUGAGGCCCUCAGGCUUAUUAAAGAGCUGCAGGCUCAACUGGCUGCUUCUCCAGCUGUGGCCGCUCCUCACUUCAGCUCUGCAGGAGACUGCUUCUCUCCCUCGGUUUCCCUCCAUCGUGACCGCUCUCCUCCUUACAACCACUCCUCUCAGAGAAAGACAGCUCCUAAAACAGGGCGAACAAGAGAAGAGGAGAGAAGGAAGUACCCCUCCGGCAGAGAGCCAGGAGAGGGCAUCGACUCGGAGCACAUUGGAAAAUUUGAGUCUGAGGAAUCACAGAAAUUUAAAGGAAAAGGAAACCGAACACACCCAAGUGACUCUCUGAAACUGAGUGAGCCUGAUGUAGAGACCACAGUGACAGAACAAGACACAGGUAUUGAAGACGUGGACACGGACUCGUUCACAUCUGAGUCAACCAGCGGCACAAUGCCUAAAAGUGAAUCGGACAUCUCUUGCAGCCUGCAGGUAGAUGACACAUCAGGCAAAACAGCAGAACGUGACUCUGCACCUCUAAAAGAUCUGAAGAAAGAGAACAUGGAGCUUCGCGAUGAGCUUAGAGAUGUGAAAUAUGAGCUUCAGACGCGACUUGAAGACCUCGAAACCCAGAGAAGAGCGGAAUCCGAGGCUAGGACCAAACUGAAACAGUUGAGCCGGAAACACUCGACACAGACAGAGCAGCAGCGUGCCAAAGCUCUCGAGCUCAAAGAUAGCAUGACAAAACUGGAAGCCCAGCUUGAGAAAGAGAAGAAAGAGAGCACAAAACUGAGAGAAACUCUUCAUGCGCUAGAAAGAGAAGCUGAAAAGAGGCUGGAAGAGCUAGAGAGAGACCAGGAAGAAGGUACCCAGCUGAAGAACGACUUGGCUGAGAUGGAGCGAAAGGAGACUUGCAUGGAGAAAGAAAUGACACGAAUGAAAAAGGACUUACAGGACCUUCAGCUCAAGCUUGCACAGGAACAGGAGGAAAGAAAGAGGGAGAGAGAAGAGGUAAGGAAGCGGAUCAGAAAAGAGGAACUGGAAGGACUAAAGAUUGUACAGCUUCAAGAAGAGCUAGACAAUCUUAGAAAAUCUCAGAGUUUGGAAGAGAAGAUAUCAAAAGACAAUCUUCCCCUCACAUAUUUACAACUAGAACACCAUCCAAACGCUGAUAAGAAUCCUGCUGUUACAGAAAACAAAGACUUGGUUUCUUCUCCUGACAAUCAAGAGUCCAUCUGUGACUCUGUGAACCUUCAGAACACAGUGGUCUGCAAAGAAACCAGAACAGUGGAGCUAAUUAUGGAUCUUGGAGCACAAACUAAACCAACAGGGGACAAGACCUCUUUCGCAGAGAUAGGCAGGACUCAAACAUUGAGUAAAGGUGCCUCAGAUUUGGACAGCACUACUGUUUUAGUUUUAGAGGUGGAGCACCUGAGGGCAGCGCGAGACCGAGAGUCAGCGAAGGCGAAACUAGCUCAAGGAAAGCUGGAGGACUUACAGAAGCAAGUGACCACUCAGACCAACAACCUUACCCAAGCUUUUGAAAGCCAGAGCAAGCACAUUGAGAACCUGCUGCAAGAGCUGCACGACAAAGACUGCGCCCUCCUGAGGCAGAGCGAGGAAUUGCAAAAAUGUCAAGAGAAAAUCUGUCUUCUUGAAAAAGAAAAACACACUAGGAUGAACAUCGCCCCUGAUGAGGUCUCUACGCCUCCUGAACUGUCUACAGAGAUCUCAAGAGAACUAAGCUGUGAUUCGGUCUUCAGCAACACAAGCAUAAGCGACCAUGAAAUAUUUAGUGAUGACACACAACCGAUUUUAAAGGAGAAGUUCUCACGGCCUACUGUACAGCUUCCUGUUAUUCAAAACAUUGAGCGAACCAACACUAGUAAGAUAUCUGAUAAGCUACAAGCGACUGAAGCUAUCAAGCCACAUGAAUUAUAUCUUGCUUCAGACGUACGUUGUGGAAAUGCUCCGAAUUCUAGUGCUGUUUCAGAAGCACCUGGACUUUCUGAGGUAAUUGAUGAGAACGCAACUUCACUCUUGCAAGAUGAGCAGCUGGACAUUCUGAACUUCCAAAAUCAUGUUCCAGAACAUUCCACAGGUGAUUUCAAAGAGCUAGAACGAGUAACAAAGGAAUUACAAGAUGCUCAGCUUGAGCUGAAUGUGUUGAAGGCUCAGAAUUCAGAACUACAGGGAGGUGUGAUACAAGAAGAGAUUCUGACCGUUAAAAGAGAGAAUGAAGAGUUGAAAUUGAAACUGAAACACUUGGGCGAAGACACUUGUGCUACACAAGAUGCUGCCUUACUUUUAGAGAACACUGAAAAUGAAGAAUCGUCAAGCACAAAGGAAGGGUUACAAAGUGGCUCCUCAAUAGGACUGGAGGAGUUGACUGUCCUUUAUGCAAAAAACUCCAAGGCAGAGGUUCAGUCUCUUCAGGAGCAGAUCCGGGCACUACAAGAGCAAAUCCAGCACCUCUCUGAGCAGAACAGGACACAAGCUGAAGAACUAGAACUCUGGAAGUUCUCGGAAGAAACAGUGGGCAACAACUCACCCUCCGUUGUGCUAAAAGAGUUUGAGUUGUACCUCCCCUGCAGUCCAAGAAAGCUGCACACGCAGUCCCAAAUUACAAGAACCAUGAUGCACCAGUGCACUGUCAGAGAGGUGACACAUCAGUCCGGAUUAGCCGACAUGAAUGACCAGACCAGCUUGGGGGAGCAUGUUUCACCUGAAACUCAAAUGACACACGCUAUGAGAGAAUCUCAAGGACCUUUUGAGGAUUUGCUGACAUUCCCAGCGGGCCGGCUUGUCCAUACGUCCUGCGUAGGGGGCUUCUGGGAACUGAUGCAAUGCCCCUCCCAUGCAGAGAAGCCACGCCUCAGGAGGAAGAUGAUGACAUCGAGCCAUAAUACUCAUACACACCUGAUAUCUCCCAUAGCAUCAUCUGUGUUUGUUCUCAGGUUUCCAUGCUGAAGGAAUUUCACUGCCUCUUUAAUCCUAAUGUACGUGUCAAGGGUGUCUUCUGCUCACUGCUCACCAUGACACUUGAGAGGAUCUGAGCGCUGCCUGUGUUAUGUGAUGUAGAAUUUAAAGACAUCGAAGUUAUGUGAUCUCUUUUUAUUCUCCCUGAUUGUUCUCAUAGCUGAAAAGCAAUGCCUUAAUUGUGCAUAUUAAAGUCGUAUAUUUUGGGUGUUGGACCCUUUUAUAAUUUAGUUUUGAAAUACCAAUGUCAUUUUUUUUUUUUUUUUUUUUAGCGUAUAGGUCUUGUUAGCUCCUGUUUAUGAGACUUGAAUUUUGUGAAUAGUCUUAUUUAUUGGCAGACACGUCUUGAAGACUUUCCUUUGUGCACUACUGCGAGAGUGUGUGUGUGUGUGUGUGUGUGUGUGUGUGUGUGUGUGUGUGUGUGUGGUAUGACUCAGAUCAACCUAAGCCUGUUUCCGAUCCUUGUAUGGCAAUUCACUGUCAGACUGUUUCUUUCUCUCUCUCUCUCUCUCUGUCAUCUAACAGCUUUAUAAUGCACAGUGGAGUAUUUAUAUCAUUCUCCAUUUGUAAUGAAGCAUUUGAGAAGCUUGGAUAAGUUUUUGAUCAGAUUAAUCUAUUUAUUUGAGUCACUGUCAUCUGUGUAUUUGUGUAUACUUUUGCUUGAAUGUGUUUCUUCUAAAUGUCAAAUGGUUUGUAGGAUUUUCAGUUUGGAAUAUUUACAUUUAUUAAACGUAAAUGAAAUCCAAAUA